CAAAAACGUUCACGGGAACCAUGACAGUCAGUUGCAUGCCUACAAUUACAGCUGCCGACUUUCUGAAAUUCAGAGAACCUAAUGUCUCAUCGCGUAGUUGAAGAGACUUAGAUUAGCAAUACAGUGAAAACAGACUUCAACACCAGAUCACUCCGGUAACUUUUUAUGUUUUAAUUUACCAGAAACAGCAGGUCGCUCAAGACGUUUCCUCGGCGGUAACGAAAACAGCUCGCGCUGUGGCAAAUAGGAAGCAUCAUUCAGUGACAGCCAGCUGUAUGCGCGCAUUCUCGACUCGUCCCAGCUUCCCUGCAGUCUGUAAAUGUCCGCUUCAGUCUCAAGGUAGCCUCCCGGAAUACACGGUAAAGAUGUCUUUGGAGCCUCUGCCUGAACAACCUCUCUACACAAGUGAUUUGGUGUUUGAGAUCUUGCAAAUGAAGAACCAUUAGGACUGCCAUGUAGCGAAGGUCAAGCUCUGACCUCUCUGUGAAAAAGGACAGCAGGAAACAGAACUUCACAUCCAAGACAAGACUUUGAGCCUCAGACCAGGCAUCUUUACCUCCUUUUCACCACCCCAGUACCAUGCUGGGUGCACUCAUGCUCCGGAGAAACAUGUCUCAAAAGCUGAGUGUACUGCUGCUGGUAUUUGGCCUGGCGUGGGGACUCAUGCUGCUGCGCUACACUGUGCACCAGCCUCGCCAUCAAAGCAGCGCUGAGUUGCGCGAACAGAUACUGGAGCUUAGUCGACGAUAUGUCAAGGUCCUGUCUGAGGAGAAUCAGAAUGCACCAAGUGGGCCACAAGGAACCUCCAUGGCAGGUUAUGCUGAUCUGAAGAGGACUAUAGCUGUGCUACUGGAUGACAUUCUGACACGGCUGGUCAAACUGGAAGGGAAAAUUGAACUGGUGGCUAAUGCCUCUUCCACAAACGCCUCCCACGCAGCAGGGGGCGUCCUUGCGUCAGCUCCAGCUGCCCUGCAGAAAGCUUCAAAGCAGGAGGCACCUGGCAACCACCCAGGAACUUCACGUCUCCACCUGCAGAUCCCUAAAAGACUUCGACCACAUUAAGAAGGACUUUAUUUUAUUUAUUGAAUAUUUUUGAAAGCACAUCACACUUUUCCAUCAUUAAUCACUGAUGUGGCAACAUCAGAUAAAUAUAAAGUGAUAGGAUUAUUAUAAAAUAUAUGGACAUCCAGAACCUUAAAAUGAGGGGUGCAUCUCAGAAACAUUUUGUCAGCUCAGAAAAAAGAAGCAAGCUGUCUUUAUUCUCUUGUUUAUCAUAUUCCAAUAUAACAAGGCUAUCCUACUCACCUUUUCUAUUAGUCUUGCUGAAUUUACUUUGCUUAUAUUUAGUAGGUUUUUUUUUUCUUUUAAUCGUAAUGUUCAAAUCUGGUGACUGUUAACAUGCAAAGAGCAAAUGUGAAUCGGAAGAACUGAAACAAUUUCAUAUGCUUUAUCAUAUAUCUGGCUUAGAUGCUUGACUGUACAUCAUAAACAGUUCUACUAUCCUGCUUCAACAUAGCCAAAAUGCUGAGCCAAACCACACACUCGUUAUAGAUAACAAUGCAUACACUUCAGUUUUUGGUCAAAUGGAAAAAGAUUCUUUAGCUUACACAAAUUAAGAAUAAACAAACUGUGCUGUUUGCUCAGAAGAUGUAAUCCAAAGAUAUAAUUUGCACUUCACUGAAGGCAAUAUAAGUGUGUAUGCGAUGCGUAUUGCUGUGGGAUUUCUGGUGAAUGACAAGAUUAUGUUGCCGUUUGGCCCUUGUAAUGUGCGAGUGUGUGUGCUUUUUGUGCCUCACCUAAAAUCUGUUGCCUCCCACAUACUAUGUUCACAAAUGUUUAAUUUAGAUGAUGAAGGAACAUUGAAUGUAUCGCGCAGUCUUUAGCCCUAUAAUGCUGUCAGGAGAAAUGAGCUGCCUACAGAUGUUCAGGGUUUGUGUUGCACUGUGAUUAAAAAAGAAAAAAAGUCUGGGUUCAAAACCCAGAGAAGGUUAAACUGAAAUAUUCCUUCAUUCCUCCUGCUCCCCUACAAUGCCAGUAAACUGGUAAAAUAUCUACCAAACCCUGCCCUGCCCAGAAGGAGAAAUCUGUUUGCUCAUUAAAAAAUACUCAUUAGUAUGAUUACUCUCUCCUGCCACAGAGAUGAGCGGCACUUUUAUCUACAUUAUUUGGAAACUGUAUAUGACAGUUAAUAUGCGACAAGAAAAAAAAUGUAAUUAAAUUUUGGACUUGAUGUUGCUCAGAAUCCUAAAUGUAUAUUGAGACCAUUAGACUAAAUUAUUCAGUUGUGCUGACUGAUGCUGCAAAUGUACUUUGCUUUAUAAUGCUAAAGUAGGAUAUAUGCUGAGCCAGACCACUGCUUUUGCAAUAGCUUUACUAAUAAAUUCUCAUCAUGGAAAACUAACAAGACAUCAUGCAGUGUGUCUUGCAAGACAUUGUUUUAUUUGCCUCUUUUCUU